CUUAUAGGACCACAUAGAAAAGUGACUCAAAAAUCUCAUAUUUCUCCCUGGCACUAGUCCUAGACACAGGCGCACAGUGACUCUUCUCUUUAUAUCAAACAACAGUCAUUCAUUUACCCCAGUUUGUUUUAGCUGUUACUGCAACAUCCACAAAGACAGAAGCAUCUCCCACUUCAGUUGUUAUAGUGCUGUUCAGUCGAUGUCAAAAAGCGUGCCGGGUAGUAGAUAUUAGACCAAGAAGAAACACAUCGAAUUGCGUGGAAGCCUAACGGAGAGAAGAUGCUACUGAAUCGUGUGGGAAUCACCGGGCUGACAGCGUGUUGCCUGGUGUUGCUUUUCCACUGUUUUGCUCUGACAGGUAAGGAUGUGAAGUCAAUUUUAUCAUGCAAGUUGCGUAUGAUGCGUAUUUUGGGGGCUGAGUGCAGAGCGGGUUUUGCCAUUGGGGUUCUCUAGUCUAAACGAUCUGACAUGGAAUUUGACAUCUAUAAAUUACUUAACAAACAUUACAUAGUUGUCAGUUGUGUAUGUUUCAGUGAGCUUUUUCUUUUGUCUGACAUGGAAUUGCAAAUGCAACCGUGCUGAUCACAAUUUCUAUUCUCUGAAUUAAUUUAUAUUUUGGUGCUUUAAUACCAAUCGAAUUUUCAAUUAAACCAAUAUUUAUAUCCGUUAACAUUAUCGUGUCCUAGGUUGAACUUGUAAUAGUGGAUUUAGUGCACCGGAGGGGGGCAUGUUGUUGACAUGCAGAGUCAAGCACUAGCAGUUUAUUAUAUCUAUAAAAGUUCAAAUGUAUCUAUUUCGUCCGUAUGAGUGGAAUCUACGCUCGGGAAGUGAAUUGGCUGUUCUUCAAGUAGUAUGUAGCCUGCGAGCCAAUCAGAAUGAGAAAUAGGCUCGUCACAUCCGCAGGCCUACGUCAAGGCUGUCUCGUUUUACAGGUGGGCGUGAUCUGUUGGAGGAAAAAGCCGGUUGUCAACGAACAAGGGCGCGGCUUCUGUACCGUGUAAGGAGGAAAUAUGAUCAUUUAGAUUUCCUUACAGUAAUGGUUUUAUUUUACUCCGUUGGAUAGCAUUUUUCGCAACAAAAUUCUGAUAGUUGCAGACAUUCUUGAUCACAAAUGUUAUGCAUUUGUAGGUUAAAGAUGUAGCAUAUGUCAAAAUACAUUCUCAAUUUGCAUUUAAAAUCAUAGCUUUUUUAUUCUAGAGAAGAUAAUAGUUGUCAUCAACAAUGAAAUGUAAAAGGCAUAAUAAUAGAAGAUGUCUGUUAUGAGCAAAAAUCUUUAGAUUGAUUAAUAUGAUAAAAAACCCACCAACUACCUUCACUUUCACUUCAGCAACCCAUAGUAGGAACUAAACACACUAUCAUACAACUCACAUGUCCAUUUAACCUAUUUGCUAACAUUAUUACAAUGUAUUACAUUGUAUUGUGAUGCAUUAACGGCAGUCAAGGCAAAUUCCUAAUUGGUUUCAGUAGGUAGUCUAAGGGUGAAUUUACCGGCCCCUAGGCUUAACAUUGUGUUGUGUAUUAGUCCAGUUGUGGCCCCGUUCUACUGUAAUCCCUCAAUCUUUAAGGUUGUCUCCCAAAUGGCAACAUAUUCCCUUUAAAGUGCACUACUUUUGACCAGAGCCCUAUGGCACUAUACCAUUUGGGAUGCAGACUAACUCCUGCUCCCAUGGAUUUGAAGAUUAGAACAUCCGUACAGUCUUUCUAGUUCACGGUAUUCAUUAAUGUAGUGAUUAAAUCUACUGCUGGCAUGUGUAGAGUGUGUAUGUCUGUGAGUGUAUGCGUGUGUGUGUAUGUGUGGGGCCCCAACAGUAGGUCUGCUGUUACUGUAAGUGUGGAGCCCCAACAGUAGGUCUGCUGUUACUGUAAGUGUGGAGCCCCAACAGUAGGUCUGCUGUUACUGUAAGUGUGGAGCCCCAACAGUAGGUCUGCUGUUACUGUAAGUGUGGAGCCCUAAGGGGCUGUAUUAGUUGACACUAUGGAGAGUAAUGGGAGAAUCCCUGUAGAGUUGCAUCAGUGGUUCUAGAAUAGAAUAGAUUCUAGAAUAAUCUCCAUAUGAAUCCUGCAGCCCCAAGAUCUUCUAUAAUAAUAUAAUAAUAUGCCAUUUAGCAGACGCUUUUAUCCAAAGCGACUUACAGUCAUGCGUGCAUACAUUUUUGUGUAUUGGUGGGCCGGGGAUCGAACCACUACCUUGGGUUACAAGCGCUGUGCUCUACCAGCUGAGCUACAGAGGACCAGGCAUAGCAUGAUGUACAUUCUCCUAACACACCAGAUCUCUCAAUCAGUCACCAGUGGCAUGUAAAAACACCCGUAAUAACCUCACAAUGAAGGUCCAAGUGGAAUUGGAUGACCUAGUAUAAACCAAGUGCAGUUAGAUUAUCUAGUAUAAACCGAAUGCAGUUGGAUGAACGAGCUUAAACCAAAAAUGCAGUUAGCUGAACUAGUAUAGACUGAGUUCUGUUGGUUUAACAUCUUGACAGAUGACCAUCAGACGUGUCACCUAGUUCUAAAUUAAUCUGUGGCUAUGGAAAGACCAAGCCCUGACCUUUGGCAAGAUUUGUGUACACAAACACACACUUUUCUCGCCACUGUGUGUGGGUGUGUUUGUGUGUUUGUGUGUGCCACUGCCCACGCGCCAAAACAAGCAGAAAUGCAUAGGCAAACUAACUUAAAGGAACAAGCCUGUCACACACAAUGACAAGGGCGUUGAUGAGGACUCCAAUAAUAGCCUCACUUUUGACCUAUGUGGAUCGUCCUCCUAUUGUCAUCCAGUGUAGCCUUUCAUACACUUCAACUCGAGCUGCAGAGACUGUUGGUGUUGCUGCAAAACAAUAUAGUAUUUUCAGCUCUAGUUUUACAUUGACAUUUUAGUCAUUUAGCAGAUGCUCUUGUCCAGAGUGACUUACAGUUAGUGCAUUCAUCUUAAGAUAGCUAGGUGGGACAACCACAUAUCUCAGUCAUAGUAAGUAUAUUUUUCCUCAAUAUAGUAGCUAUCAGCAAAAUCAGAGCUAGUAAGGGGGAAGAGUCAAGUGCUAGUGUUAUUUAAGAUACUCUUUGAAGAGGUAGGGUUUCAGAUGUUUUCGGAAGACGGGCAGGGAUUCUGCUGUCCUAGGUUCAGGGGGAAGCUGGUUCCACCAUUGGGGUGCCAGGACAGAGAAGAGCUUGGACUGGGCUGAGUGGGAGCUGCCCUCCCGUAGGGGUGGGAGGGCCAAGAGACCAGAGGUGACAGAAGGGAGUGCUCGGGUUGGGGUGUAGGGUUUGAGCAUAGCCUGAAGGUAGGGAGGGGCAGUUCCUCUUGCAGCGACAUAGGAAAGCACCAUGGUCUUGUAGUGGAUGUGAGCUUCGACUGGAAGCCAGCGUGGAGUGUGCGUAGGAGCGGGGUGACAUGGGAGAACUUGAGAAGGUUAAACACCAGGCCGGCUGCAGCGUUCUAGUUAAAAUAUAUAAAAGUUACAUUUGGGGCUAUUGGAAAGUCUAUUGCAGACUGGGUCUGGUGUUUAGUGAGCACGUCCGUUCUCUUCCAUCCGUAGUGAAAACACCAACGUUAAAUGACCUUACAUGGUCAAGUUGUCAUCAAGCAGGCAGUUAGUGCAGUGGAGUGUUUAUUAAUAGAACCUGAUGAAGAUGAGGAGAUGGGGAAUCUCUCUAUAAAAUGUUUCUGUCUCUUUUUUUCUCUCUUUCUCUCCUGCUCUCUCUUUCUGUCCCUCUCUCUCUAACUUUCUCUCUUUUCCUCUCUCCUUCAGUGUCUCUUUCUAUCUCUCUUUCUCUCUCCUCACUCAGCAUCACGGCUAAAUCAAUCGCAGUGGUUUCCGUUGUAUGUAGGCAGCUAUAUAAAGGUCUAUUCAGGUCAUGAUGUAACUUGGCGCAAAUGCUAACCUUUUAAGACAGUAGGGCUUCCUCUAUUUGACUGUGAGCCAGCAGCAGUGGAUAGGCCCUUACAGUAAAUUGGCCACAUCCAACAAGCACUUAACUACAUUAAGGCCCUGUCCAGAUGGCAGCUGUGGACAGCUGUGUGUCUCUGCUAGUGGUGCGCGGGUCAGCUGUUUUUCACCCGCACCCGCCCGCAAUUGCUAAUAACCCAUCCACAACCGCCCGACUAUAUGUGAUAAAGUGAAAAUCUGAGGCCCACACCCGACCCUAACCCGCUAAUAUAGAAAAUGCACAAUAAGCUACAGUCAAAGAAGGCAGAAGGAUUUUUUGACAUCAGUUUGACCAGUUGUAAGGAAAAAGAAAGCUGUGAAAACGACCCGAUCCAACAUGUUUCUAAUAAGAUUUCAGUUGGGCUUCGAUGCAUAUUUUAUGUGGAAGACAGCACUUCUACAGAUGGUAUCUAACUGAGCAUUGCAUUCUCUCAAGAUGCAGAAAGAAAUCAUAUUUCUCCACUCCUGUUCCCAAGUCCAAAUUUUGCCUACAUUUGGUGUAUAAUUUUCCUGCAAGAAAUGCUUAAUUAAGGUAUUGUUUCUCUUUAUUUAACCCACCUGCCACCCAACCGCCCUUCAGCCACACAAUAUUUAAUGACUAUAAACCUGUCCGCCCCGCGUAUAUAACCGCUGGGACUGCGGGAUAGGAGUCUACCCCCUCAUCACUAGUCUCUGCCUCGCUCUGUCUGUUUGUCUCUCUCUUUGUUUCUCCCUCCCUCUCCUCCCCCUUGGGUCAAAUUUGGUGGGGAUAGCGUCAGGCAUAGGAAGGAGAAUGCGAAUCAGGUGACUUGCCGGUAAUUCCAUUUGCAAGACAGACAGACAUGCAGACAGACAGGUUGGCUGACAGGCAGAGAGACACCAAAUGAUGUGCUGAUUGGUGAAUAAGGAAGGUUGCUGAUAAUGGCUUUUUGGUUCUUAGAAUCUGAGAUUAUUACACAGUAGUUUACAGGCUGCAUGCAGAGCUAGUUUGAAUGGGAUUUGUUGGAACUAAUGAAAAAUACCCUGCUGGUACAAUUGGUAGAUUUGUUAAAGUAAUGAUCCACUCUAAAUACAACAGGAGUUUCCACUCACUUUGUCUGAAGUCGAUUCCCCAAGACAGUUUUUUUUGUAGAUGAAUUGUGAAGAAAACCAAUGCAAUACAAUACAACUAUUAUCCCUCAAGGAAAGGCAACAGAGAAAUCACCCCAUCUUUGUUAUCUUCAUUUAGUUUAGUCACAACCUCAAAGACAAACAGAAUGCCCAUAUGGUGACUCACUGUACAUACAGUAUCUGUACAGACCGCAGGCGGACUGCAUUGAGUGGGCCCAUAAGGAAGUUAGGCAGACAGGAACCAAACUUCUAUUUUAUGAUUAUGUUUAUUUAAUAAUAAUUAACUGUAACCUGAACAGUGUACCACAAACAAACUUCCUCCGUCUUCUGUGCUUGGUUACUACGCCAAGUACAUAGCUUAGUUAUCGAUCAAUGACUAUGCACGACACACACACAAAUACACGCUGACAUCACGAUACACCCAAACUGGGAGAGAGAGCUAUGUAUUGCAAUUGCGUGGCCCAAUCUUUCCAGCCAGACGGUUUUUGGUUAUAUUGUAAGCUAAACUUGGCCUCUGAAAUGGAAAUAAGUUUCCAUUCAGAACUGGCGGGGCUUUUAAAAGAUAAACCCCUUACCACAUCCUGGGAAAAUAACUCUCACGCACUGUAUUUCAAUUAGAGACUAAGUUGAAUACAGUACAACUCCUCUAUUACCCAAUGUAUAUCUAAUCGUAUAGGCUACACAGAGAGAGUGCAGUACAGUAUACUUGGGACUGGAGAUUUGUGACCCAGAGAGAGAAUGGUAGAGAUAGUUGUGACGUACAGUCUAACAUACACACAGAUGCCUGUUGAGAGAGGACAGUGGGCUAUGCUGCUGGAGGUUGAGAGACUUGUGACCUAGAGGGAGAAUGGUAGAGAGAACACAGUAUGCAGCUUGAGAGACUUGUGACCCAUUUGUAGAUGAUGGAGGAUUAGCAGGAGAGUAACGUAAAACAGCCUGUAGGAUUUGCAUUUUUCGAGAGAGAGAGAGAGAGAGAGAUGUUUUCCAUGCCAAUAAAGCCCCUUGAAUUGAAUUGAGAGAGAGAGAGUUUGGGAGUUAGGAGGUCAACAGGGCCAGAACAUGUCCCACUUUUGAUUUCACCAGAGGGAUGAACAACAGAGAAAUAGGGGAAAGAGGAGAUAGAAAGAGAGCGAAAGAGAAGAGGGGACGGACAGACACAUACAGACAGAGAGUGUGGGGAAAGAGGAGAGACAGACAGAGAGAAAGGGGGAGGGGAGACAGAGAGGAUGGGGAAAGAGAGAGAGGCAGAGUGCGUGUCAGGGCCAAGUAACGUCUCCGUUUUCACUUGCACUUGAGAGACUAUAUAAGUCUCAGGGCGAGCUAACAUUGGGCCAGCCUCUUAAAUGUAUCACCACUCUCUCCAAGAACAGCUGGAAUAGGUUGGGGGGGGGGGGGAACUAUUCCUGGAACCUCCACAUCUGGCAGCACGCACAGCCUGGGGUGUGUGUGUGUGUGUGUGUGUGUUUGCGAGCGGGGGCGUGCAUCUGUGUGUAGGGGGGGGGGGGGGGGGUUGUGUGUGUGUGUUUGUUUGUGUGUGUGUGUGCAGGACUGUGUGUGUGCGUGUGUAUUGGGUUCACUGGAAACACAGUUACAGUCUUGGCGAUUACAGUGCCUGGGCAUCAUAAUGUAGGCUGUGGUAGCAUUUGAGGAGAGGGGUUCAACAGUUGUUGGUUUUUCCCAUGAAAGCCCUGAUUGAUCAAGUCAGGCCAACAUUUCUCAAGACAAGAGAGUCUUAUGAAAUGAUAGUCCACAUCUCUACAGGAAGGUGUGAGCAUUGGUGACAUCACAUGCCAAUAGAUUGAGCAAGCAUCCUCUAUCUUCCGAUCUUCUGAAACUAUUUCACUAACUCUCUGUGUAACAACCGGCUUUAUGACUUGAGUCAGGCUGGUGUAGCCGCGGUUACUAUUACAAGUGUCAACAUCCGACAGCUUAAGUUCCGAAAAUUCCAGCCUUAGUGACCGGUUGUGCCCCACCUCCCCCUGUGGCUCUCACUAGUGCACUUGUUAUGAGUAUUAUGAGGAAUGUCCCUCAAGGGCCAAUCAGCAGCUGGUGGUGUGAUUAUGACUCCUCCCCCCUUCCAUUGUCUUAAAGAGACAGCCGUAGGCUCUGACUCAUACUCUGUUGCUUCAGGCACAGCGGAAUUUGACAGUGGAGAGAGAGAAACUGACUUACAGUGACCGAGACCUUGCAGAAUAUUGAAGGCUCCAUGCUAGCUCUACCUGUUGGCUCUUACUUCCUUGUUGAAGAUAUCUUCGCUUUGAUCGGUUAAAUGCGUUCAACGAGGUUGUGACCUCAGCAACCUAAAAUAAACUGGGUCGUUUUGGUCUUAAAUCUCAUUUCACUGUUAUUAUUGUUACUCAUUCAUAGGCCAAUGGUGUGUGGGUGUGAGUUGACACUUGUGUGUGUUCUGUUUGGGCAACCUCUUGUCCUGCACUAAUUUCCUUCUUUUUAAUUUUACAUGAGAAACACACAAACAGUAGUUGCCAAGCAACAUUCUUGAGUGCAUUACAAAAUGGCCGUCAAGUUCUCACUGUCUGCUGAAAGACCAUGAGAUACAGUAGCUCCAGUGUGUGAAUAAUAAGAGAUAAGAGUCUCUCCCAUGGGAAACUCCUUUACUUCCUGUUUAGAAAUGCUCCACAUUGUAGUCAUAUUACCUCAUAUCCUGUUCCUUUAUCUCUGGACUCUCACUACUGUAGCUCUUAUCAUAAUUGCUGGUCCCAGAGGGCUACUACAACACAUCGUAGAGGGUGUGUUCUUCUCACCGACAACAAGAUAUAAUCCCAAUCUUAAUGGCCAUCAGAUGAUCGCCCUGUGUUGCCAGCGAGCGUUGUUGAACAUUAACUGAGGGAAGUUACUUUGUUAAAUGUUAGUUAACAUCCGUCACUACUACAGACUCUUUCCCUCGUCUGCGUGAGCAUAAUGUUAUGUGGUGCUAGUGUCACAUGACAGAAAAUAUAUAUAAUGAAAUAUUGCCCUAUUUUGUAAAAACUCACUGAGUCAGUAUCAAAUCCACUCUGUUAAAACAUCAACCUUGUAUAUUACACCUAUGAUAGAUGUAUAAAAUAUUAAAUGUUUCUUCUCUGUCAACCAUUUACAGUUAUCCUGUGUUUUUCUUCCCCUAGAUGCUGCUUAUACGUGUGGGACAAGGCAGUUCAGGUGUGGCAAUGGGAAAUGCAUCACCAGCCGGUGGGUGUGUGACGGAGGUGAUGACUGUGGUGACGGAACUGACGAGCUGCCAGCCACCUGUGGUGAGUGACUGACUCUUCCUCCUUCUUCUUCUCUCUUCUCAUUCUUCUCAUCCUCCUUCUUUUCCCUCUCUUCUUCCUUUUCAUACUCUUCUUCCUCAUCCUUCCUCUGUUCUCCUCCUCCUCUCGUCCUUCUCCUUCUCCUCUGCCUCCUCUUCAGAUAAGAUAUAGCUGCUAAGAUUUAUCACACAGACUCUAAUGUCUCUAUCUGUUCAUGUCUCUCUGUCUCUCCAGAGGCUAAGACCUGCCUGCCCACUGAGUUUAGCUGUGGAGGCCCACUGAACAAGUGUAUCUCUGGAACAUGGCACUGUGAUGGCAAAGCUGACUGUGAAAAUGGAGCUGAUGAGAAGAGCUGUGGUAAGUACUGAUGUAGGGUCUUAAUUUGAUCACAUGUUGCAGGAAAUGUAACAUUUGAAGUGUAUGUGAGGUUUUAAAAGGUUAAUGAAGUUUGUAAUUUCCACUUUAAAAUUUGACUUGAUUUUCCCUCACGAAAAAUGUAUCAACCUCUACAGAAAUGUCCAUUAAUUAUAAUCCACAUAAUAAUUCACAUUUCCUGUUGCUGCAGGAUUCUUUUCCUUCUGUAGCAAACUGGCUCAAAUGAAUAUCCUACAUAUUUUUCCAUUCACUAGUCUAGUCCAAUACUGUAUAUGCUGUAGCCAACUCUUCUAUCGUUGUCAUACCUGAUAAACUACACUGCAUUCCCCACCAUACUGGAGACCAAACUGUUCUGUUCAUCACUGAUUACCUCUGUAGUUAGUGCACGAUGAUGUGUUAAGACUUCAGUUUGUAAUCACUAACUGGUACUUUCACCACAUGACUAUGGUCCUUGUGUCUACUCUGUACCCAUUGAACCCUUAUACAAAAACCUCUCAUAUUCUUUUAGUGACAAUAAUAUUUUUAUUACAGACAUAAUAACAUCCUAAAGACACAAUAGAGUACCAAUACUGCAUCACCCAGUCUCAAACCUUCCAUAUUCCUAACCCUCCAUCUCUUAACUCUCCCUUCCUCCCUCCAGCCGCAAAGAACUGCACCGCCGAUGAGUUCCGCUGCUCCAACGGCCAGUGCAUCUCCGUCUCCUUCGUGUGCGACAAGGACAACGACUGUUCCGAUAAUUCUGACGAGACUUCCUGUCCCACCGUCACCUGCAGUCCCAACGCCUUCCAGUGUAACAACUCAGUGUGUGUACCGCGUCUCUGGGCGUGCGACGGAGACGCCGAUUGUGCAGACGGUUCAGACGAGUGGCCCCAGAACUGUGCCGGGAGGGACACCAAACCGACAACAAAGCCUUGUGGGCCACAUGAGUUCCACUGUGGGAGUGGGGAGUGCAUCCAUAGGAGUUGGAGGUGUGAUGGAGGCAAGGACUGUCAGGAUAAUUCAGAUGAAACCAACUGCAGUGAGUAGAACGUUUUUUGACAAUAUUCUACUCUGCUUCUUUCCUUUCUCUCUGAAACAUCAAUGCGAGAAAAAGGCUUAUUUAGUUCAGUGUUUACAAAAACCAAUGUUCAUCUCCCAGGAUAUACUGUAUGAACAGAUAUUAAACUAAGGGACUCUUAAGAGAAAAUCCCAAUCCCUCUUUCUUUAUCUGUCCAUCUGUCUCCCCCUUGCUGUAUUGUUUAUCUAACCUACCUCUCUCUCUCUCUCUCUCUCUCUCUAGGUCGGCCCACCUGCCAGCCAGAUGAGUUUCAGUGUAACGAUGGCUCCUGUAUCCAUGGUAGCCAUCAGUGUGACCGGCAGUUUGACUGCAGGGAUCUGAGCGAUGAGAUAGACUGCAAGAACGGUGAGGCUCAGCCCUAAUGGACACACAAACACACUCCCUAUAACCGUACUAUAUGUCUAAUCAUAUUAUCUUUCUUAUUCUCCCACCAGGGGAUGAGUGUGAGGGCCUGUAUAACUUCAGGUGUAAGAGUGGGAAGUGCAUCACCAUGGACAAGGUGUGCAACGGGCAGAAAGACUGCCGAGACAUGUCCGACGAACCUAUCAGCGAGUGUGGUGAGUUGGAACCAUAGACAUAUACUGAGUCCCAAAUGGCACACUAACCCUUUUAUAGGUCACUACUUUUGACCCUGGGCCCGUAGGGAACUCCCUUUACACCCACAUACCAUUCAGUUGAAAACAGAGGAGCGAGACCAGCUAGGAACAUAUGAUGGAGACAGCUAGCCUAGUAGCUCAGGCCAGUCUGGUCUGGCCAAACUAGUUAGUGGUUGUAAAGAGUGAGGUCACUGGCUUAGUCUUGCCUAAGGAAACAGGCUGUCAUCAUGGACAUUGAGGAUGAUGGUUGUUUCUUAUAGAUUUCUAGAUAGAUAUAUUUCUUCUAACUGAGUUUCGGUCUGAUUCUGCAGGCAACAACGAGUGUUUGACCAAUAACGGCGGUUGCUCUCACACCUGUACUGACCUGAAGAUUGGCUUCAAUUGCUCCUGUCCUGCUGGGUACAGUCUGGCGAAGGACAAUAAGAAAUGUGAAGGUGUGCAGAAAUAAAUGUUUAUAUGACACUGUUAUAUGACUCUGAACGCAGCUCAGAAUAUUGUAAUAACUCUGAGCUCUAAGUCACUAUUGUGACAAGUGCUGGAUUAGAUCGCAGGACGUUGGAUUUGGAUCAAAUCAUACUAUUAAUUGCCCCAACUGACCCCUGACCCUGUCUUCUGACCUCUAACCCUGUUUUUCCUCCUCUUGCAGACAUUGAUGAGUGUGCCGACCCAGACGCCUGCACCCAGAUCUGUGUGAACAUCCUGGGAAGUUACAAGUGUGAGUGUGAGGAGGGCUACGAACUGGACCCCAAGACCAAGACCUGCAAGGCUGCCACAGGUACGUGUGGGAUGGAGGGAUACACUAGCUAAGCUACAUUCCGACAGCCACCCCAGCAUACCACUUAGAAUGCAUGCUUGAUAGAUUGCUUGCUAGUGUGGAUAUAUGAACAGAGCCUUGGGCGGAAUUCUGAUGUGGUUUGAACCAAUCAAAGCAAAGAAGAGGUUUAGGUAGCUUCUCUGAGGCCUCACUCUUAAACGACAACCUUCUAAAUGUGAUUUAAAUAUAGUUAAGUAAAGUGGCAGAUUUGAGGCCCACUCUUUUACUGUAAAUGACAACUUUUUAAAUGUAAUGUUAUGUCUUCCAGGUACUGUCCCCUACCUGUUGUUCACCAACCGCCACGAGGUGAGGAAGAUGACUGUAGACCGUAGAGAGUACGUCAGUGUCAUCCCUAGACUGAAGAACGUGGUGGCCCUCGACAUGGACAUGCCUGGACACAAGAUCUUCUGGUCUGACCUGUACCACAAGAAGAUCUACAGGUGAGGACCUACUGGGGGAAGGGUUGUGUGUGUGUGUGUGUGUGUGUGUGUGUGUGUGUCUGUUUGCAUUUGUAUAUAUCAGCAAACAGCAGAUAGACUGUAUUCUUUCGUUAACAAACAGCUAUUUUGUCCUGCACCUUCCCCAGCGCCAACAUGACCUUGGCAGGGGACUCCUCCCACCACAGCGUGGUGAUUGACAGCCAGAUCGAGGCGCCGGAGGGUCUGGCCGUCGACUGGAUCCACGGUAACAUCUACUGGACGGACAGCGUGCUCCAGACCAUCUCUGUGGCAACCACGGACGGAACACGGCAAAAGACGCUGGUCAGUGAAGGACUAGAGAAACCAAGAAGCAUCGUGGUGGACCCAGCCAAGAAGUAAGAAACUUGGGUUUUGAUUGAUUGAUUUUAUUAGCCUUGUUUGGGUCAUAGCCUAUUGAUCUGUAGUCAUUAGUAUCAUGCUCAAUAGGGCGUUGACUGUCAUGAAAACAAAAAAGGAAAUUACUUCUGAAUGAUAAAUCUUUGACAGGAUGCUUUUGUUGUCGACAUUUUAGAAUAACUGAAUGAGAGAGGAUCUCUUUUGCAACAAGAAAUAUGGCAAAGGCUCAAUGUGUCAGUGUGUGUGAUUUUCUUUUCUCUAAAGACUUCCAGAUGUCUUACAGAUGUUGUGUUGUGCUGAAGUGUGUUAGAUGUAGGAGUUUUGACUGACGGUAAUGUGUCUGGUUCCAGCUUCAUGUACUGGACUGACUGGGGCAACGAGGCCAAGAUCGAGAAGAGUGGGCUGAACGGAGCCGACCGUGUUGCCUUGGUAACGGACAACAUCAUGUGGCCCAAUGGCAUCACUCUGGGUAAGAAGAGUCCACUGAUUGGACACUACAAUAUAGUGAUGUGUGAUUGGACACAUUGUAAUUUGCUGUCUCACAUGAUUCUUAUACUCAUAUACAGAACAGAGGAGCUUUUGUGUUGGGUUAUUGUUGGAAGUUGUAUCAUACUGUAGGUGUAAAUUAUUUACAGAUAGAGAUUUAAGCAUUUAAAUAAUCUGCCUCGUCAUCAUGAGUGGAAGCAUUGUUUAUAAGUUAAUGAUUAUACAGUUGGAUUUGCUCUCUAACUCACUCUCUCUCUCUCUAACAGACAUGGUUAACCAGCGUCUGUACUGGGUGGACUCUAAGAUGCACACCCUCUCCAGCAUUGACGUCAACGGAGGAGGACGACACACACUCAUCUACAACGAGGACAAGCUGGCUCACCCCCUCUCUCUCGCCGUCUUCGAGGUAAAUAGUGAUAUAAUGUGGACAUUAAGGUCUCCCUAACUGGAGUUCCAUCUGGAGUAUAGUUAUGGUCAGGUCCUAGAGGAAUUGUAGGAAGGGAAAAGGAGAUUAACUGAACCAGCACAGUCCAGUCCAUGAGGGUAAUGGUUACAAUCCAACCCCAGAACCUCCUCUAGGUCCCUGGGUCGAGCACCAUGGCCUUCCCCCUCUACCCUGGCUGUGGCCCCAGAACCUCCUCUAGGUCCCUGGGUCGAGCACCAUGGCCUUCCCCCUCUACCCUGGCUGUGGCCCCAGAACCUCCUCUAGGCCCCUGGGUCGAGCACCAUAGUCUCCCCCCUCCACCCCCUCCACCCUGUCUGUGGUAGCUUUAAUUAAAGGGGAUUUCCAGGUUCAGAGUCUUGCUCACCAGCCCGGUUAAUGUGUUUAGACAUGCAGCUAGCCAGCUAGCCAUCUUUUCCUGUAUUAGUCCAACAAAAAUCCAUCCAUCCAUGUAGCUGCUGAAUGGAGACCAAACUGAUCUUACAGUAUCCAGGCCAUAGGAGGUUUAUAAGCCCCAUAUCUGAAACUGUUGGUUUCCCCCGUUUCAAUUAGGACAGAUACAGUAUAAGUCUUUGUGGAUGGUUUUGUAAGUGCUGUAUGUACGGACUAUGUACAGUUGGUUAACUUUGGGUAACCUAGUUUUUCUUCCUUUCUCUCUUUUUUCUGGUUUCUCUCAUUUGCUUCACAGGAGAAAGUAUUCUGGACCGACAUGGGUGACAGAGUGGUCAUGAGCGCCAACCGCCUGACAGGAAAUGACAUCACUGUACUGGCAGAGGACCUGAUACAGCCAGAGGACAUCAUUGUAUACCACAACCUCAAGCAGCCCAUCGGUAUGGCAACGCACGCUUUUUAAAAACAUAACAAAUCUCAUAUGAAUGACUGUAAUUAACUUUAAAAGCUGAAUCAGGUGGUCUAACGCUCACUCUCUCUCUCUCUCACACAUUCUCUCCCCUCUCUCUCCCAUAGGAAAGAACUGGUGCACAGAGAACAACUUUGUGAAUGGAGGUUGUGAGUUCCUGUGUCUGCCUGCUCCCCAGAUCAACCAACACUCCCCUAAAUACACCUGUGCCUGUCCUGAUCAUAUGACCCUGGGGACAGACAUGAGGAAGUGUGUGGCAGGUAUGUGUUUUCCUCUGUCGAACCCUAUGGAACUUUACAGAAGGUGCAACUCUUGCCCUGUAGACCCCUUUCCUGCAGUCAAAUGACCAGAUCACCCUCUAGUAGCCUCAUGGGUGGAAUGUUAUUAAUAUUUUUAUAUUUUCAUUAUUAAUCAACAUUAUUUUAAAAAACCUGCCAAAAAUCAGUUUAAGACCAUAUAUUUUCUUGUUAAAAGGUAGUUCAAAACCCAAUGGAUCUCAAAGUGUUACAGAGCUUAUCCCCAUACUCACUGUUUAUGGUCAUUUAACCUUUUCUCAAACUAACUGACACAUUCUUAUGUGUCUAACCUCUAACCUUUGGUGACCUUUACCCCUGUCUCUUAUCCCAACAGCUUCAACAACUACCGCUUCCCCCACCGCUCCCAAAACUGCGGCCCCCGUCCCUACCAGAGCCCCAACCAAACAGCCAGCUCGUCCCACUUCCACCACAACUACCACCACUACUACAACUACCUCCUCCGCCCCCCGGGCCCAGCCUCAGGGCCCUGACAGGUCCUCGGCCACUCACAGUCCACAGGAAACUGCUGUCACAGGUCAAAGUGGAUAUGUUGCCAUGCCCAAAGUAGCUGAGGCAUCACACCAUACUGCGCUCUACAUUGUCUUACCUAUCAGUGAGUAUUUUACCUUGUAGUAUCAGCAUAAUGUCUAGUACACUGAUAAAUACAGUAGGACUGUAGUAACCUACUGUCUGUUUAUGUAUUGAGUUACGUGUUGAUAUACACUGAGUGUAUAAAACUGCUCUUUCCAUGACAUAGACUGACCAGGUGAAUCCAGGUGAAAGCUAUGAUCCCUUAUUGAUGUCACUUGUUAAAUCCACUUCAAUCAGUGUAGAUGAAGGGGAGGAGACAGGUUAAAGAAUAGUUUUUAAGCCUUGAGACAUGGAUUGUGUACGUGUGCCAUUCAGAGGGUGAAUUGGCAAGACAAAAGUUUAAGUGCCUUUGAACGGGGUAUGGUAGCAGGUGCCAGGCGCACAGGUUUGAGUGUGUCAAGAACUGCAACGCUGCUGGGUUUUUCACUCUCAACAGUUUUCCGUGUGUAUCAAGAAUGGUCCACCACCCAAAGGACAUCCAGCCAACUUGACACAACUGUGGGAAGCAUUAGAGUCAACAUGGGCCAGCAUCCCUGUGGAACGCUUUCGACACCUUGUAGAGUCCAUGCCCUGACGAAUUGAGGCUGUUCUGAGGGCAAAAGGGGGUGUAACUCAAUAUUAGGAAGGGGUUUCUAAUGUUUCAUACACUCAGUAAAACAUAUAUCAUUGUAAAAGUUAAACUGGCUUUACCUACCAUUAUACUUGAUCAACAACAACAACAACAAUUUCAACAACAACAAGAACUGACCUUUGACCCCUCUUUCCAGUGAUGAUGAGCCUGAUGCUGUUUGGUGCAGUGAUGCUAUGGAGACACUGGAGGCUGAAGAACACCAACACCAUCCACUUUGACAACCCCGUGUACCAGAAGACCACCGAGGACGAGAUGCACAUCUGUAGAAACCACAGCCAGGACGGAUACACCUACCCACAGGUACAGUCACAGUCACCUAGCAACCCACCAAGCAACCCAAUCACUGUCUUAUUACUGUUGUAGACUACACUUAUCACCAGGGUUGGAGUUCAUUCCAUUUCAAAUCUCAUACAGUGUUAGGAUCAAUUCCAUUUCGAUUAAGUAAAAUAAAGGGAUGAAUUGCCCAUAGUUUUCCUAUGUGGACUUGCAAUCCACUUAAUAUCCUGAACUGAGUUGAAAUGGAAUUGACCCCAAUCCUGAAGGUGUUCUGCAGUGGCUAACUGAUAGCGUGUGACAGUUGAUUAUGUUAUAGCCUAUGAAAUACUGUAUGUAGCGGUUUUCAGUGUUGUGUGACUUUGUGUUUACAGUUAUUUUCUGUUUCACCUCACAGAGACAGAUGGUGAGCCUGGAAGAAGACCUGGCAUGACUAGUAGAUGAAGAAGAAGAAGUGGACAUGAAGAAUUCUAUUUAAAGAAAUGAAGAGAUUUUUAUAUGAAAAGAUGACAAACGAAAACGAUGGAGGUCAUUUUAACCCUAACGCUACUGCUGCUGACACGUCCUUUCCAAUCCCAUGAUGAUGACCUCAUCUCGAAUGACCUCAUUUCCUGGCUUCCUGUUCCGAAGAUUCCGUUCCGACCUCAACGCUGUGCCGCCAUCCAAGACGAAGAUGAAGGAAAAAAUAAACGAAAAAAAGAAGAAAAACUUGGUUGCCGUGUAAACCCAAAAACAAAAAUGUAUGGAAGAAGAAGAAACAUAGAAAUGGAAUCACACAAAAAAUGACUUGGUAGCGUUGUGGUUUCAAACAUGAGUGUGUGAGUGGACCACAACCCUGAAGAAAAAAACGUCUGGGGCCAUUUUGUCAAACAUCAGAAGGACUUGAAAAUGAAAGACACAGUAAAUGCACAGUUGGACUGUAGUCCUCCGUACUUUAAUAAUGUAAGAGCUCUUACCUAGGAGGCCUGGUCCCAAAUGUAUGUGUUUUCGGCUAACUCCUCGUCAGAGAGAAGUAUAAAUUGCUAAGCACAUAAAGUACAGAUUUGGUACCAGGCUAGGUCCUGGCCCUAGGCUCUUUGACACAUUGAAGUUUAGCCAAUGCAAAAUGACAACCAUCUAACACAGCUUCAACUUUGUUUGUUUUUGUUACAUAUCACUUAGCAGCUAUUUUGUAAAUGAGUGUACAUUUGGCUACUUACUGUAAAAUAGGCGACCUUUUGUUCUAAUGUUGCACAAGAUUGUGCAUAGCACUGUACAGAAGACGACCUACAUUUCCAACCCAUUUGAUUCUUGAGUUCAGUUUGAUCCCACUUCCGUUGUCAGCCUGACAAAAACUCAAGAGAACACAAUUUGCACGAUAUGAAGAAUGUGUUGAAGAUUGUGAGUUUAAAACAGGCUGCAGUCAAAUAGCUGUCUUGUCAUAUCUUUUGAACGUCACAAACGGUGGCUAGUGUGUAUGUUUAUGGUGUACUUGACAAUGGACAUUGAGACCUCUGGAUAGCCUUAUCAUCUGACAUUGCCACAUGCACGUGCCUAGUCACGUAGCACCAAACAUCACCACAUCCUAAAGUAGAGACUUUCCCAGGGGGGACAUUGAACUAUGGUGUGACACUAGUAAGAGUUAAAACGUGUGAGUUGUCGGCCCUACUCAGAGCUGAAACGUGUGAGUUGUCGGCCCUACUCAGAGCUGAAACGUGUGAGUUGUCGGCACUGCUCUGAGCUGAAACGUGUGAGUUGUUGGCACUGCUCUGAGCUGAAACGUGUGAGUUGUUGGCACUACUCAGAGCUGAAACGUGUGAGUUGUCGGCACUACUCAAAGCUGAAACUUUUGAGUUGUCG